AUGUGUUCAGUGAGUGUGUGUGUGUGUUCCACUGCUCUUCUCCUCCUCCUCCUGCUGUUAAUCCGGCGCCUGCUGGAGGGUGUGUGUUCCUCCAGUGUGUCGUUCCCGUGUCUGCCGCGUCUGCCCCUGUUGGGGAGUUUACUGCAUCUGCGCUCGGACCUCCCGCCACACCUGCUCUUCACACAGCUGUCGUCUCAGUACGGGCCGCUGUUCGGGCUGUACGCCGGGCCGCACCUCACGCUGGUGGUCAGUGAGAUCAGUCUGGUCAGAGAAGUGCUGCUGCAGCGGGGCAGAGAGUUCGCCGGACGACCCAAGAUGGUGACCACUGACCUGUUGACUCAGGGUGGGAAGGACAUUGCGUUUGCUGACUACAGUCCACUGUGGAAGAACCACCGGCGUCUGGUUCACUCCUCAUUCACACUGUUCGGCGAGGGCUCCAAUAAACUGCAGACCAUUGUGCAGGAGGCAGCUGACAGUCUGUGUGAGGAGCUCCAGGUCUGCAGGGGUCAGAGUUCAGAUCUGAGUAUGGUGUUGAUGCGCGCCGUCACUAACGUGAUCUGCAGACUGGUGUUCAGCUCCUCCUAUCAGCCCAGCGACCCCGAGCUGCAGACCGUCAUUCAGUACAACGAUGGCAUCGUGCAGACCAUCGCCAGAGGGGGACUCGUGGACAUCUUCCCCUGGUUAAGAAUAUUCCCCAACAAGGAUCUGAAGAGGCUGAAGGAGUGUGUUUCCAUCCGAGACCAACUACUGUACAAGAAACUGCUGGAGCACAAGAAGAGCCUGACACCUGGAGAGCCGCGUGACCUGCUGGACGCUCUCCUGAUUGGUCAGCAGAGAGAAGCAGGUGGUGCUGAUGACAUCACAGAGGAUCACGUGCUGAUGACGGCGGCCGAGACGUUCGGAGCCGGAGUGGAGACGACAUCCACUACACUACUGUGGACCAUAGCGUUCCUGCUGCACCACCCACAGCUGCAGGAGCGUGUUCAGGCUGAGCUGGAUGAGUGUGUCGGUGUGGAUCGUCCUCCGUGUCUCUCUGAUCGUCCUCAUCUGCCGCUGCUGGACGCUGUGCUCUGUGAGGUGAUGCGCAUCCGUCCCGUCAGCCCAAUCCUCAUCCCGCACGUCGCUAUGCAGGACACCAGUUUGGGGGGGCACAGUGUUCCUAAAGGGACGCGUGUUUUGGUGAACAUGUGGGCGAUUCAUCACGACCCCAAACACUGGGACGAGCCUGAGCAGUUCAAACCUGAGCGCUUCCUGGAGCCAUCAGGAAAGAAGAAGACUCCGUCCAGCUUCCUACCGUUUGGUGCAGGUCCGCGGGUGUGUGUUGGAGAAUCUCUGGCCAGAAUGGAGCUCUUUCUGUUUGUUUCUCGCCUCCUGCAGCGCUUCAGCUUCAGCUGUCCAUCAGAGGCGUCGUUGCCGGAUCUGCAGGGCCGCUUCGGGGUGGUGUUACAGCCUGAGCGCUACACAGUCACCGUCACACCCAGACACUGACACACACACAGGGUUGCCAGAUCACAGAUUAUUUUCAGGCCCAAUGACAAUCCGCCAAAAAGGAAUGAAAAGCACCCACUUUUUCCCUUAUCCAAUCAGAGUCAGUGGGGUAUAUGCAGGGGGACUUUUAAUUUUGACUAAGCCGGCCGGUCACUAGAAGUUUAUCGGUAGCUGAAAAACAUGUGUAUGCUGUUAGCCAUUGAUGGAUAUAUAUAAACAGAGUAAACUUGUAUGUAUAUGUGUAUAGAUACAGGGACAAUGAAACUGAAACACUGGCCAAGUUAGUGUUGGAGGUUUGAUGGCUAAAUUUGACCAGUUGGUGUCCAGAGUAAGCUGUCUGAAAGGGACGUCCGACUGAUAACCCUGAUUUAUCCAGAACACAUCAGACCACAGCUGCAGGGUUAAACAUGCUCCUCGACUCUCCUGUCUCCAGCAGAACUCCUGGUCUGGAGCUCCACAGGGUCAAUAUACAUGGAGCUAAACCUCUGUUCACUCGUGGCAAUGCCAAACGUUGGUUUCAGUGGUGUCAGCAGAGAAAAUAUUGAGCUGUGGACAAUGUGAAGCAAGUAUAGUUCUGUGAUGAGUCCACCUUCACUGUCUUUCCCACAUGCGGGAGAGUUACGGUGUGGAGAGGCCCCAAAGAGGCGUCCCACCCAGACUGCUGAUUCCCAGAGUGUGUGGGGGAUCAGUGAUGGUUUGGGCUCAAUAUCAUGGCAUUCCCUAGGCCCAAUACUGGUGCUAGAUGGGUGCUGGGUCACUACCAAGGGUUACCCAACCAUUCUGGAGGACCACUCUGUGACCCAAUGGGUCAAACAUUGUAUCCUGAAGGUGGUGGUGUGAAUCAGGAUGUUAAUGCAGCGAUACACACAGCAGGACUGGUGAACAUGACAGUAAAGUUGAACAUCUACCAUGGCCUGCAUAGUACCCAGACUAAACAUUAUUGAGCACUUUGGGGUGUUUGAAGGAGCGAGUCAGGAGUGUCAGAAGUCUCAGAGUGUGCAAGAAGCACUGCAUUACAUUACAUUGUCCCGCGCCGUGUCUUUAAAUUAUGAACAUAUUUUACUCCAGGUGUUUUAAAUGGAGUUUCUCCGCUAGGCUGCAGAUCCUGACGGGUGCAUGUGUGUAAACGCCAUUUCAUCUCGUUUUAUGCUUGAUCAGCUAAACGAAUACCAAAGUCUAUUUAACUGACUAUAUUUUAAUGACAUUACAACAUCGAUGCUGUAAAAGGAACCAAAUAAAAUAAAAUAAAAAAGUCAAAUUAACCGUUCACCAGAAGAUUAUUGUUAGGAGACAAAACACUAGCGGUGCAUAUAGGCCGUGCUGAAGAAGAACAGCUCAACAUCUCUCUGCAGGACUUGUGUCUGUCAUUCUGAAGACCAACUCAUGCUGUAUUGAGGAGGAGCUACACUAUACUGAUCAACUACUGCACUCUAAAACCAGGCCUUCAGUUUCAUUGUGCAACCCCUGGAGGUG